AUGGAUAAACCAAAAUUAUCAUGGGCUGGCGAUCUUGUAUCGUUAAAAGACUUCGUGAGCGACUAUUUGAGUUUGAAAGGGGAGUGGCGCUCGCCAGGCGGCGAAAAGAAAACUUUUACUGAUGGGUCAGUGUCGAUUGCGUGGUGGAAAAAUAUGAAAUUUCUAUUCUUAAAUGGUCUGGACAAUAACGUUCUGUCUAAACUAAAGUCUACUGUAUGCCAGAAUAAAGACGGUUGUAAUUCGGAAGUUGCAAGUUCAACAAUAAACAGCGAGACAGCGUUUGAAAGCGGUCCGAUUAAAAAUGUCGCUGCCAAGACCUGUUGA